AUGCUGGCCCAAUAUCUGCUUGGAAAGUUCCGUGCUCUCGUCCGGCUGCUCAUCCAAUGCGUUUCACCACGACAAGUGAAGUUGGAGACAGCAACGUACCUACGAGGGUCCAAGACGAGCGAGCUCGACGAUGAAGAUCAUAACGUGGUUGAAUGGGCAUUCUCGGGUGCAUAUGACGGAGACAAGCCCAUACUCAUAGACGCCGAGAAUCCCGCUCGGAGUCUUUCCAAAAACAAAUCCCUUGAUCUGGUGACUCGUCUUUCCGGCUCCUUCGAACCGGGAAGCACCGUUUGUCUUCACCUCCAGAAUAAUAUCCUCUAUCCCAUACUUGUUCUGGCGAUCCUUGCAACGGGUUGUAAAUGGACGGGAACGAAUCCUGCAUGCACUCGAUCCGAACUGGAAGACCAUCUACGAGUAUCACGAUCCAAGUACAUUAUCACUUCCGAGGAUCACGAGGAUAUGGUCUUCGAUGUGCUCUGCCGCAUGGACGAGGAUAUUGAGCUCAUUCUAUUCAGCGAUGUUACAGUUGAGCGACCUCCAAGUAAGGAUGGAAAGCACCCAACCCUACACGACCUCCUUGCCAACUCUACAUUUUUGCCGCUUGAGAGUCGAUAUCAAAGAUUAUCAGCGAGAACAGCGGCAACUUUGAUGGCCAGCUCCGGCACAACGGGACUUCCAAAGAUGGCAAUCCGCGCACACGGCGCUCUGGUUUGUGAGUCUCGCUCCGACGAGUUACAAGACGCUCACAAGCCCUAUAAAAUCCGCAGGCUGUUUUGUACGCCCAUGUUCCAUGCCUACUCCUUUCCAAAGAUGGUCAUCAACCCUCUCCGUCAAGGACAACCAACAUACUACAUGCAACGCUUUGAUGACACCUUCAUACAGAAACUGUCGCUGUAUAGUAUCACAGACAUCAUUACCGUCCCUCCAAUCUUAUCCCGCCUGGUCGAUCAGGCAAGAGGAGGAGAUGCGAAACCACUGCUACAAAGUCUACGGACGAUCAUCUGUGCCGGAGCUCCGUUGACUGUGAAGCUUCGAGAUGAGUUCAUUCAGCUCUUCUCAAAUCCCCCACAACUUAUUCAAGAGUGGGGAAUGACAGAGUGCGGGUGUAUUUCAAGGGCAGGAGAUUUGGACGCAGACAUGCCUACAACGGUUGGGCGGCCUGUGGCUGGCUAUUUGGUCAAGAUCAGCCAGGAGGAACGGGUAGAGAUUCCCGGUGGAGGCUUUGCGAGUGAACUCCUUGUCAAAGGACCACAACUCAUGGAUUGCUACCUGGGUGAUGACUCUGCCACGGCUAGUCAUGUAACUUCCGACGGCUGGUACAAGACGGGCGACGUGGGAUAUCUCGACGCGAGAGGAAGAAUCUUCCUGGUUGACCGUGCAAAGGAUAUCAUCAAGGUAAAUGGCUGGCAAGUUUCGGCAGCGGAGCUGGAGAAGACGGUACUGCAAGUGCCGGGGGUCAUGGACGCCGCUGCGUUGUCCAUGGGUCACAGCCUGGACGAGCAUCCGUACAUUUGUGUCGUCAGGACUGACCACGGAGUCUCCGAAAAGGAGAUAAGAGAAGUCCUGCGGAGUCAACUGUCUCGUUACAAAGGAUCGAGAUGCGAGUUGCAGUUUGUGGAUGGUCUUCCUCGCGCUGCAAGCGGGAAACUUCUUCGCAGGAAGCUCAAAGCUCAGUUGACACAUCGAGAGAAGUAG